CAUACGGUUAAUUGGUUCGAAAUUUUAAUAUGAUAUUAGUUUCGUUUUAAAGAAUAUUCUAUAUAAUUUUUAAACAGAUUGAAGUAUUUUGAUUUUGCUAUCGAACCUCCUUAAAGAAUAAUCAAAAAUUAAAAAUUAGUACAACACAUCAUGUAGAAACUACAAUUUUGCCAGAUGGAAAAAGAUUGAAGCAAUCUCGACUUGCAUUUUUUCCAAGAGUCAAGAUGAGUAGGGAAAUGAAAACAUCGUCCAUAAGUCUAGAUAAACAUAAGCCAGCUAGUCGUAAAACUGAUAGAGCAAAGUUAAAUGGCUUAGAUUGCUGGGAAUGCAGAAAAUAUUAUCAGAAUUUGUCACUGUCAAAAAAAGAAUUACAAAAACGGAUGAAUCAAUGCUCACGGCAUCGAUACAAAUACGAGAGGCCAAAUACUCCAGAAGGUUUUUGGGAUCCAGAGUUUCCUGAUACAUUGUCAUGCACUUAUCGAUCAAAAUAAGAAUCAAAAUAAAUAGGUGUAAUACAAACGCGAUUUCCUGAGAGUGAUCUUUACAUGCCAAAGACUAUGUGAUGU